GUGUAUGAUUUUGCAACACUGCCAAAAUGCUCCACCUCCAAUUUCGGUAAAUAACAAAAAGAUAAAUGGUCGCUUUGUGGAGCGUACUCCUGUGAAAAUUGGAUAUAUGCUUGCGCACAAUGGAAUUCAGUGCGGAUCUGAAUGGCUUCAGUGAGGACUCCAUCGAACCCUGCCGGACAUGCGGAAUUUACUUUACCAUGGGAAUGGACAUGGACCAGGCUAUUGUGAAGCCCAUUUUCGGCUCGGAUGACGCCGCCGUCGCAAGUAUGGCGGAGAUCCUUGAACAGAUGAGUGCUUGGAACAUAAAGGUUGCGAGGGAGGACGGACAACCGCAGUACAUGUGCAUCGCCUGCAUUGCCGAGUUCCACCGGCUGCUUAAAUUCAAGCGCAGCUGUGUGGAGACACAGGAGCAGUUUAGCGAGCUCGAGUAUCAGCGCGAACACAAUGGGAUCGUGAUUAAACGGGAAAUUGAGCCGGAGGAGGAGAAGUUCUGCGGAUUUAUAUAUCUGGACACUGACGAGGAGGAUAUCAGCGACGAGGACGGUAGUAGACGCGUGUGCGCCGCCUUCGACAUACCGCAUGUGCCCAUUAAGGAGGAGCACAUGGCCCGAGUGCCAGUGCAGAAUAUUGACAAGUUUCAGCCACCCGAGCCCAAAGAUUUUGCAUCGCCGGUUGAUUCCACUUUCGACAUGAUCGACAACGAUGCAUUAACGGCCGGAAUGUUUACGCCGUCUGUUGAUGAUGCAUCUGGAACGGCCGACGAUGGCUCCGAAGAGGAGGAGGAGGAGGAGGAGGAGGAGGAGGAGGAGAUAGUCAGAUUUACAUACGAUGAUGACAACGAUGCGACAGCGCCGCUUCCGCCCCCGAUUUACUCGCCUGUUGUUUCUUGUAAGCUAUGCUAUUACGAAUCCCCCGACCAGGAUGCGCAUCUGGAACACAUGCGCCGCACCCAUCUCCUUAAGGACUGGGAAUGCCAUAUUUGCGCCAAAAAGUUCACAAAUGCCCAAGAAUCGCGCAUCAAGUUCCACAUAAAGUAUCACAAGUUACAGCGGCACAUUAAGUGUCCCGUUUGCGGGUUCAUCUGCAACUCGAAAGAGACUCUCAAGGAGCACAGGCAGGCUGUGCACGUACGCACCAAGUGCACUUACUGUGGCAAAACUGUGAAAAACGCAAUGCUACAAGCACAUUUGAAAAAGCACUUAGAAGAGGGUGAAGCCGAACUUGCCGAGCAUCUGAAAUUAUUGGAGAAAACUCCAGUAAAACUUUUCCCCUCGGAAGGCAUUCAAUCUCCACAGUUAUCUUCUUCCCCUCUACUGGAAGGCCGUGUUGCUGAAGACACCACUGCCUCUGAGGGCUCAAAUAUUCUUGGGGUAUCCACUGUUCCAGAAUAUUCUAAUGUUACCGAGGACUCCAGUGUUCCUGCAAAAGAGACUUCCAAUCCAGCGGACACCCAAUGUCCGACGGACACACCUGAAAACGUUGAAGUUCCUGUUUCAUCCGCUUCACCAUCAUCCGUGCCAACUGAACGUGUCAUUAGGUGCGCAUUUUGCAGCUACACAUUUGAAGAGGCUAAGCAGCUGCAGGCUCAUGUGCUGGCUAGACACACAAGGACAAGAAAGAGACGUCGCUCUUCAGAACACAAAUCACCCAUGAGAAAGCCCACUCAGGCAAUGCUAACGUCGCCUAUUGCAAAGAUAAACAAGAAGCCAACCAUCGAGUCCGAAGUAAGCAUCGUCCAAGAAGACAGCUCUGCCCAAAUGGAUAGCUCCGCCCAGCAGGAGACCAGAACAGAAGCGACACUCAACGACAGCUCCCCUGCCGAGCAGGUGCCAGAAAAAGCUUACAUCUCGUGUAACAUUUGCGGCAGGUCAUUUGACUUGAAAAUUAAGCUUAACAGACAUCUAAAGCAGCACAAGGAGGUGCCGCAAAAUGUCGUUUAGUUUGUAGCAUUUCUAGCGUAUAGCUAUAAUUCAAUAUUCAUUCAUUUUGUAAAAAUUAUAGCCAAAACAUCAUUUCCCAUUGGUCUGCCAAAUGCAAACGUUGAAAUCUUUCCAUUAAAUUUUCUCACUAUUACGUAUUUGGUUGGAAUAUACUUACUUUCUUAUUUAAAUUAAA